ACAUAUAUAUAUAUAUACAACAUGGACACAAUUAUGGAAGAUUCUUCAGAAAAGCAGCCAAAAGAAACCUUUUACGACGACAUUUAUUUUGAUACAGACCAAGAAGAUGAGUCAGAUUGGCAAUCUGAUCCCGAUGAUCCUUCACCAGGAAUUGGAUUAUUGGGAAUGAAAAAGGCGAUUCCAAAGACUACGACAACUAGGCCGAAGAUUCCAAAGAAACAACAACGAAAGAUCAUGACGGACGAAGAUCUCAUGUAUGAUCCUGAUCUUGAUGAUGCAGACGAAGAAUGGGUGGCCGAAAAGAUAAAGAAGGCAGCUCCAAAGGAUAAAACACCAGAACAAGCAACCACAGAUGCAAUUCUCACUUGUCCAAUGUGUUUUAAUCCUCUUUGUUACAGCUGUCAAAGACAUGAUCUCUACCCAAAUCAAUUCAGAGCAAUGUUUGUUGAGAACUGCAAGGUUGUCAAGACCGAAAGAUAUCGAACUAAACCUGUCGACAAGAAAAGACAAAAGAAAGGCAAAAAUUCAAAAGACAUUUCUUCUUCUUCUGCUGCUGCUGAUGAUGAUGGUGAUGAUGGUGACGAUUCUAGUUUCUUUGUGGUUAGAUGUGAGACUUGUGAUACUCAUGUAGCUAUGAUGGAUAAUGAUGAAGUCUAUCAUUUUUUCAAUGCAAUUUCAAAUUAAUUGAUCCACUAAUCAAAUUAAAUUAAGUU